AUGGCCCACGCCCCCCCCCCCUGCAGUACUCGCGCGCCCCACACUUUGAGAACCACUGCUGUAAGUUGUUUUCAUGCUGACCGUCAGUCUCUGUCUGUAGGUGAUGUAUUUGUUGGCCGUGAGCUGAACAAUGCGGUUCCCCGCUCUCUCUCCGCACCCUAUCCGCCGCUAGAGGGCGUAGUUGAAGACGAGCCGUGGACCUGGCAUCCCAGUGAGGACGCAGAGGAGGAAGAACCCAGCGUAGGCGACUACAGACAGGCACAGCGAGCGGAAACAUACAUCCUCGGCCUGAUCCAGCGCCGCUCGCCUCCCGCUAGACCCACUAAACCCCGCACCAACCUGGCCGUUGUCAGACAGAGCAGCCUGUGCCACAAAGAUCCACCAGAGGAGAGACACGCAUGGGACGAGCCCUGCCCCGUCCGCUAUCCCAGACCGGUGCUAGCCGGGAUCCGCUCCACGUCGCUGGACUUCCCAUGCGGCGCUUUGGAUCCCAGCAGCAGCGAAGCUGAAUCGCCGCAGCACUUCUACCAACACGCUUGCUCGUCCGACGAGCUAGUGAAUGCACAGUACAUCCCAGCGCAGCCGCGCCGCGCUCAAGCCACCGCGCACCAGACACACGCCUCUCCAAAACCUGCGUCCUCACAGCCGAGAGCUGUCACGAAGAAGUGCCGCUUCACAGAGGACAAGAUCGUGCCGAAGAAGCCCGGACGGAAAGCCUGUCGCGCUCAGUCCGAGAACAGCCUGCUGGGGCAGGGAGAGCGCAAAUACAACACAGUGGAGCGGGAUGCGGUGCGCAGCGCUCCACCCAAAACACGCCGCAUCUCCGCUCACCGCCGCUGGCGCUCCACGCUAGAACUGAGUCAGGAAGAAGCCGAGAUGCCUCCUGAACAGCCAAUCAGACGCUCGCGCAAACCUCGCGUCUACACCCAACCGCCCGCGCCGCAUCUUCGUCACCACCAUCAUCAACCUCACCUCCGCGCCGAGUACCUGCAGGAGACCGCCGCGGGAGACUCAGAGUCCAGUCUGAGCGAGGCCGAGUCGCCCGGCUCCAGCUCACUCUCCAGCGACUCUGACGAGAGCGGCGGAUUGGUCUGGCCUCAGCAGCUCCGCCCACAGCUGGCCCCGCCCUCUCCGUCACACCCACCGCAGCCCAAAGCCUUCGUGAAGAUCAAGGCGUCACACGCGCUCAAGAAGAAGAUCCUGAGGUUCAGGAGCGGCUCUCUCAAAGUCAUGACCACCGUAUGAGCGACACGAACACCGCGGAGAGAUGAACGGACAGCAGUUUGAACUGAAGCGGCAAACAGGGUCCAGAAUUGUAAUAUUAAAGAAUUAGAAUUUAAAUGGAAUGAAAUUCAAAGAAAUUUAGUUUUCCAUAUUUCAUGUUUAACAUGAUAUUAUCAUGAAUCAUUAUUUAUAAUGAUUUAUAAAUCUGUUGGCAACAAAAGAGGAACAUUUCAAAAGAGAAGCUUCCCUCUGGUUUUCCUCCAAAAUAAAAGCUUUAUGGUUUAGAGUUUGAAAUCAAAGAAAAAG